CUAAUGUUAACGUAGUACAAUAAAAGAAAGCAAACAUGAGGCACGUAAAUCAUGGUGGGUGCAUUUGCCUGCUCCUCUGUAUUCUUCUUUCAUUCUGUGCAGGCAUUGAAACCAUUGAUGGUAAUGGCAAAAUCCCAGCUCUCUUCACAUUCGGGGACUCUCUCGUAGAUCCAGGCAACAAUAACUUCAUUCCCACCUGGGUUAAGGCCAACCAUGCACCAUAUGGUCAAGAUUUCAUGGGUGAUGAACAAAAUGGCCGCUUUUCUAAUGGAAAACUUGCAACAGAUUUUAUCGCUUCUGGACUUGGGGUGAAGGAAACAAUUCCGCCAUUUUUAGACCCUAAUCUCCACACCCAAGACCUUCUCACAGGCGUAAGUUUUGCUUCCGCUGGGACUGGAUACGACAACCUCACCUCUGCGCUUGUUAAUGCGAUACCAAUGUGGAAACAAGUUGAACUAUUCAAGACAUAUAAGGCGCGCCUGGAAAAUAUGGUGGGAGUAGAAAAUUCAUCCAACAUAAUUGAGCAAGCCAUAUUUGUGGCAGUCGCAGGUUCCAAUGACUUUCUAGUGAAUUAUUUGAUUGUUCCCAAUAGAAGAAAUCAAUUUACCGUCCAACAAUACCAAGAAUUUUUACUUAAAGUCUGCAGCAAUUUCAUUAAGGAGAUCUACAAGCUUGGGGUACGCAAAGUAGGCAUAGCUGGACUCCCUCCACUGGGAUGCGUGCCGGGAGAGAAAACAUUACAUGGGCAAUCAGAACUGAAUGGAUGUAUUGAGGAAUUCAAUGGUAUUUCAUCUUCUUACAACCAGAAACUUAAGGAAAUUCUCCAAGGAUUGGAAGCUCGUCUUCCAGGCAUUAGAUUGGAGUACAUAAGCAUCUAUGACUAUCUGUUAGACAUGAUAACAAAUCCUUCAUUAUAUGGACUGGAGAUAACAGACAGGGGUUGCUGUGGAACAGGACUAAUCGAGACUGGGCCCACUUGCAAUUCUAAAACUCCAAUUACUUGUACAAAUACAUCAACCACCAUUUUCUGGGAUGCUGUUCAUCCUACGCAAGCAACAUAUAAGAUAGUUGCUGAUCUAGUCCUGCGCCAACACAUAUCAAAGCUGCUCUAAGAAACAAUCCAAAAUGUUUCGUUUGAAAUUAAAUACAAUAGUAGAGAAACUAUAACCCGGUAUUAAAGUACAUGGUAGCUCCUUUUGAAGCGUAGGCCCUAGUACUGGGUGACGUGUUGGUUUUUCGACCCGAAAGUAAACAUUUCUGAAUGGUCUGAAUAAAUAUGCUUUGGUUGCCAUUA